ACGAGAGGAGAAUGAACGAAAACAACCCUAUUAUAUCGGGAUAACUAUUGCCUAGUGUGUUGCUGUGUGGAGGACAAGGCUGUUCGAGUGUCCGUUUGAAAUCAUACAUUUAUUGAUAAAAGGAGAGAUGAGAGAGAGAAAAACACUCCUUUGCAGUUGCUUAGGUUCCCGCCAUGUUCCUUGGCUGCAGAUAUAUUGACUGCAGCAACUUAACUGGUGUCCUGGUAGCUUGGUAAUCCCCCCCUUUUUUUGAGAUGCUCUGAAUUUCCAACUGGACUCUUGGAUUAUGAUGCGGAACACUCGUCCAGCUCUCGGCGCCACUGCAUUGAGACUGGGGUGAACUUUUCUUUUAUUUCAGGGACCGCGACGCGUUUGGUGGACAGCGAGAGAGACCCCUGGAUAGGCCACAGAAAAAGAGAGACAGAAGUCGAAAUCUAAUGCAAAACACGUUCGACAAAAGCAGAGUGAGCUGCCUGUGCCGGAGCAAGAACGAUGUCAAGAAGGUACCGUGGGCAGACACAAUCCAUUUCAACUUGAUGCAAAAUCCUGUAAUUGACGCCUGGCUUUUUCCAAAUGCAUCUGGUCACACCUGUGUAUGUGUGCGUGAGCGUAAAAGGAUUUUGUGUUAAAUACGCUUUGGAAAAAAAAGGGGAGUAAUUCUGCUUUUGUACGGCUUCUCCCAGAAGAUUGAGAAGGUGGAGCGAUUAAAGGACUGAUGACGGACCUAUUAAUCCCUUCGAUGCAUCAAAAGACGCCGGGAAUCGUGGCAACAUUUGUGUGGGAAUCAUGGGGACAUUCUGAUCAACCUGGAGUCCUGUGCGAAACUGCUGGGGAUUAGUUUGGGUUGAGUUUUGAAAACCCACAAACAUAUACACACCUCUACACAUGUAUGUCUUUCCAGACACAGCGUUCCAGACGGGAGCUGGGGACUUGGAUAAGCUUGUGUGAGCAUCUUUCUUCCUGAAUCCAUUCAACCAUCCCAUCCCAUCCAUCUCCCGUCAGCCUGUCAGCUUCGCAUUGCUUCAAUGGAAUUGGUUUGGAUUGGAGCCCCUUGCAUUAGAAUCAGACAUGGUCCAUGGGUAUCAGCACGGAUUGCUUCACGUUGUAUCAAGUCUUAUCCUGCUAGGACUCUGUGUGUCAACAAAAAAGACAUCAGACAAACCAACCUCUUCAAAGUCAGUGCAGUGUGGCUCUUGGAUCAAAAAUCCAGAUGGUGGCUUCUUCACAUCUCCCAAUUAUCCAAACAAGUACCCUCCUGACAGAGAGUGCACAUACAUCAUUGAAGCUGCACCAAGACAAAGCAUUGAACUUUACUUUGAUGAAAAGUACUCCAUUGAACCUUCUUGGGAAUGCAAAUUUGACCAUAUUGAGGUGCGAGAUGGACCUUUUGGAUUUUCUACUGAGAUUGGACGUUACUGUGGUCAAAAUAUUCCACCUUUUAUAACAUCAUCGGGUAGAUAUUUAUGGAUUAAAUUUGUUGCUGAUGGUGAGCUCGAAUCUAUUGGAUUUCUGGCAAGAUACAACUUUAUACCAGAUCCUGAAUUUGCACACCUUGGUGCCCUGAAACCAUUGCCAGCAUGUGAGUUUGAAAUGGGAGGACCUGAGGGGAUCAUUGAAUCAAAACAAGCCGUACAAGAAGGCAAAGCCAAUCCCACAGAGGCAGUCGAUUGUAAAUGGUACAUUCGAGCACCACCAAAAUCCAAGAUUUACUUGAGAUUUCUCGACUACGAGAUGGAGAAUUCAAAUGAGUGUAAGCGCAAUUUUGUGGCAAUAUAUGAUGGAAGCAAUGCAGUGGAGGAUCUUAAAGCCAAAUUCUGCAGCACCGUAGCCAAUGAUUUGAUGCUUCGCACAGGGUUGGGCGUCAUUCGCAUGUGGGCUGAUGAGGGAAGUCGGAGCAGUCACUUCCAGAUGCUUUUCACAUCCUUUCAAGAACAGAAAAGAAAGGCUAAUCUACUGGACCAGCUUACCAAUACCAGUGGGACUAUAAUUGGAGUCACAUCUUUCAUUGUGAUUAUUCUCAUUGUUAUCUCUGUAAUAGUUCAGAUCAAACAGCCACGCAAAAAAUACAUCCAAAGAAAACCAGACUUUGACCAAACAGUUUUUCAGGAGGUUUUUGAGCCUACGCAGUACGAACUCUGUUCACUAAAAGGAAAAGGGGCUGCAGCUGACCUAGGGGACAUUGUCGACGACUUUGAGAAUUACCAUAAACUGAGGCGAUCAUCUUCUAAAUGCAUACACGACCAUCACUGUGGUUCCCAGAUAUCAAGCAUUAAAGGUAGCCGUAGUAACCUCAGCACCCGUGAUGCCACCAUCCUCUCAGACAUACAGCCACAGCCAGUGAAGCCCAGUGUCCAGUCUUUAAGCAGGCGGAGUAUCCUAGUCAUGAAGCACAGCUACUCACAGGACGCAGCAGAUGCAUGUGAUAUUGAUGAAAUUGAAGAAGUCCCGACUACAAGUCACAGGCUGUCCAGAAAUGAUAAGUCUGUCCAGCGACUGCUUGAGAAUAAUGUGCUGCUGGAUGAUUUUGAACAUGCAUCAAAGAAUUUUGAAAUUGUGGACCUUGGACAUACACCAGCAUGAGUAUCUCGGACAUCAAUUUAUCGCCUGUUUCCUGAACCAAAUGUAGAUGUGCAAUAAUGAUGUAAAGACCAGUCUUUGUGUAGCCUUUUGUUUGAGCUGCAGUCGGAUCCAGGAUGGUACAAAUAUCUAUAUGUUUGUUUAAGACAAAUACAGGCUGAAGGUCAAGUGCAAUGGUGGAAGACCAAGGAUCCAGAACAAUGUAACUCAGCACUGAGGAGUAACUCCUCAAAUGCAAAAUAAAUAAAACUAUAAUAUGUCCAUAUUGGAGCACUGUAGAAUCCAGGCAUUUUAUUCAUCCUGUUUCAUUGCGACUAUAAUGAUUUAAAAUGUGUGUUUUCUUUAAAUAUUGCUUAUAAAAUAUAAAAUAAUUUGGAAAGUUUUAUUUCAUGAAAGGUAGUUUAAA